CGCAGUUUGACAACCAACUCUGAAGGUUGUGUAACAAGUUGUGUAACCGAUUUUUCCCACGGUGUAGCUGUGUUGUUCUCCAACCAUGGCAUGAGUGAUCAAGAGGAGACACCGAACCAAAACAAACUAAAGCAAAGGUGCAACCUGUCAAUGUGCAAUCAUAAUUCCACAAGCAGAAAAACAUCUAUAAGACCUCUGCCAUUAUGUCAUCAUACGCUGUGUUCGACAACUUGUACCCAGCCAUCAUCCAGUGUUUCGCCAUCAUCUUUGCUGGAUACCUCUUUGGGCGAGUCGGUAUCAUCACGACAUCCGCUGCCAAAGGGUUGGAGAAAUACAUCUCCUACCUGGCCCUUCCUGCACUUCUGUUCCAAGCCAUGUGUACGCUGAAGUUCGAGGCCGUGAACUGGUGGUUCCUGCUGGCCAUGGCCAUUGCUAAGUCUUCGGUGUUCCUGCUGGUGGCCGUGUUCACGCUGGUUCUAGGGAGGAACUUUGGAAAGGCUGGACUGUUCGCAAUCUUUGCCACCCAAAGUAAUGACUUUGCCCUGGGAUAUCCUAUUGUGAAAGCCAUCUACAGUUCCAGCCGACCAGAGUUCCUGAUUUACAUCUACCUACUGGCUCCUAUCUCUGUAGCCAUCCUGAAUCCCCUGGGGUUCAUACUCAUGGAGGUCCAGAGGAACAUCGACUCCAGGGAGGCAAAGAGCAGGUGCAGGAGUGUCCUUCAGGUUAUAAAAGGGGUGAUACUAAACCCUAUCAUCUUCAUGGUGAUAAUUGGCAUUGCUGGGAACUUUGCCUUCCACGAAACGGUGCCCCCUGUACUGUCAGGUAUCCUGGAUGUGCUGGGGGAGUCUUUCAGUGCCACAGCCCUGUUCUACCUCGGACUCAGUAUGGUCGGAAAGAUCAGCCAACAGGCUCGCUUUGCCUUCAUUGUGCCAGCUAUCCUGGUAGCAGUCAAGACACUGCUACUUCCGUUUGUUGCCCGUGAACUUGUUGUUGGCCUCCAGAUUGGCGGUAAUGACACCAACAUGACAGAAGAGUUCCGUAACUAUGGCUUCCUGUACGGAACCUUCCCCGUAGCGCCUUCUGUCUUCAUCUUUGCCUCCAACUAUGGCCUGGCAACUGAAGUGAUUGGUCCAGGCCUGGUGGUGUGCACCUUCCUGUCUGCACCACUAAUGUUCAUGUCAGCACAGAUGAGCAGCCUGUCCAUGGACACACAGACCAACCUCAUGGCUGUGGUCAUCAAGACAGCCUUCGAUGUCAGCAUCAUCGGCCUCAUCUUCUGUGUUUGGGUACUGGCAGUGUUCUUCCUCUCAGGAAAGUUCAAGCAACUUCCUCACAAACUCACCACAUGUCUGGUCUCAUCUCAGGUCCUUGGCUGUGUAGGCAUGAUCCUGUUCUACACACUCGGCUAUCCACACAGUGAGAAAACAUGGCAGGCGUAUGUCUCCUUCACUGUGAUGAUGAUCGGCACCAUCAGCUGUCGCACAUGGACAGCAGCGCUGGCUGUUGGGCUAUUCUUACUGAAGAGGGAGGGGGCAGACUUUAUCAGCAGGAACAUGGGACUGUUCCAUAUAGUCAGCUGGGGGACAGCCAUUCUGCUGACAGGGGUGCUGUUUGUAAUCCAUGCCAUCACUGGUUCCACGUGUGAUCAACCCAUGCAUGAUUCCUGCCAGUUUCCUUUCCUUCCUGCACAGUUCUGUACUUCCUCUGUGAGCAUCACCAUGACUGGCGUGUUGAUCGUGUGUAUACUGGUGACUGUGGGAUCACUGGUGGGACUACAGAAACUCGGGCACCUCAGGUCAGCAAGACCAGACAACAAAGACUAUGAUGAAGUCCCAGAUCCUCGCAGAGAACUGCGUGCCCAGUGUGGGAACCACAAUAACUGCUGCGCCAACCCUGACGAAGAGUGUCCCAUCCUGACCUCAUCGGAGUCUGGAUGUCAGAGACAGGGUUUUCACAGAACUUCUCAGGUUGUGGUCUCCUAUCAGUCAUUAUCAUCAGAACCACUGAUGCCAGGAGCUGGAGAUGGUUAUCAGCUGGAUGAAGAGGAGCAGGUGCCAGAGUCACAUGACCAGCAAGUAUCGAGACACGUGGUGGUGCUCAUCUGCCUCACACUGUCCAUGUUCAUUGAGCUGUUCUUAUGUAUCUGGAGACUGAUGAUGGACUCCAUGCAGGGCAUCUACAUAGAGCUGGAGUUCCUCAAUAGUGUCUUCAACUUUGCUCAGGGUAUAUUUGCAUUUGUUGCCUUUGGUCUGGACACCCAGAUGAUCCUGCAUCCGCUCAUCAAAAAGUAUCGCUCGGGAAAAUGCACGUCUAUAUUAUGUGGCUGGCGGUCGACCGGUUGGCUGGCAGGAUCAGCCACAAGAGCAACGACAAACCCGUUGGCGGUUUGGAGCUGUUAAGAAGACUAAAAACACGCAUAGUCCACGUGUUUUGUCAAGUUUAUCUAUGCAAACAGUUGUAUGAAUUCCAACAUCUUUUUAUUUUUACGAAAAUGCAUAAAGAUCAAGGAAGUUAAAUCAAACGCUAUGAAUAGCACAAAUAUAGCACAAAUGCUUUGUUCUGAACAGUUAAGUGUUAACAUUACAAAAUAUAGACCGCUGAACAAUGUCCUAUUGUGUAAGAACAAUACAGUGAAUUUCUUGAGGUAAUACAAUUGUAUUAAGACUUCUGUCCAAAUGAUGCACACAUACGUGCCUAUUCUUGCCUAGAAUUUAUAUGUUGUAUAAUGAGAGAGCCUCAUCUUUCUUGAGCAAAAGUCGAUUAAAAAUGUAUUUGCUUUGAUACAUUCUUUGUUAUCAGAAAGCUCAUUCAGUGUUUGUAAAAAACAGAAUAUACAUUUACCUGAAAUAAAAUUGCUGUUACCUAAUGUAUGUGUUAUCAUUGCUGCUAAUAAAGGGUAUUCAUUUCUUA